UGGACCUUCGUAGAGUACGUACGCGGUCACCCAUUACGUUUAUGUGGUUUUACGAUAUCAGUGAUCGGUCAGUGAUUGUGCUAUAUUGGUGACAAAAGGUUCAUUGAAAGGAUUAUCCCUGUGGUUUUUAUGACGUUCACAUCGGCCGCGCACGUGGGGAUGCCGACACAAGCGCGCUGCGACCGCGUGCCGCCGGCGGACGGCGCUUGGCCGCUGUUCGGGUUGCAGGACGAUGAUUUACCGUUAGACCCGCGGUCGUGGGGCCGCGCGGAGGUGGGCCGCUGGGUGUCCUCCCGGGGCGGGCAGCCCGAGCGCUUCCCCAUGAACGGGAAGGCGCUCUGCCUCAUGACCAAGGACAUGUUCGCGGCCAGGGUGCCGCACAACGGACACAUCCUGCACCAGGAUUUCAGAAGACGGUUGGCGAAAGCGCUAGCCAUACAGGAUUUCUUCGAAAAGAUGUCGCCAAAGUGAGAACCAGUAACAUUGGAUUAUGCCUAGACAUAUGACCAGGCUGCUAUGACAAUCCUACCGAUAUUUAAAUUCGAUGACGUUUGAAAAUUUAACAAAAAAUGAUUACAAAAUUCUCAACAACAAUUUAAGUUUUUCAAAAACAUUCAACAAAACACAUACAUAUUGAUUCUGAAACAUGUUCCAUGAACUGUGGACAAAACUUUAGUUUCUCAAGCAAAUAAGAUCGCGACACAAGAAUAUGUAGUAUAUAUAAUCAUUGCGUGAAUGUUGACAUGUUCUUUUUUAUUGUGUAGGCCAAAUUACGCUGGACCGCUUACAUAAUAUGUACACUAUAUGGCAAGUGGCAGACGUACAUGGAAAGUAUUAUAUGUGCCGACCCGCCAUGUGUGUGUACGAGGUGAAAAUGUGACUCCUUUAUAUAGACUGCCCCCAAUUGCAUUAAUAACUUUAGCUGGAUCGCAAUAUAAUCUCGAUCGUUCGGGUGUGCCAAUGGUCUGACAUACGAUGCCGAACACCGAGCGAAGUAGAUGAGAAACAGUAGGGAAGUGGACCCUGGGCUACGACACCCUAUGGCGGUGGAAGAACACGGGAGAGGAUGAGAUAUUAUAUCAUAUACAAAAACAAUGAUCAGAAUCAAAUUGUAAAGGGGAAAUUUCCGAAAUUAUAAAUAUAGAGAGAAUUAUAGUGUAAGGGCAGUGUUACCAUAUUAAAAAAUAAAAUUGGUAAUUUAAGGAGCAUUGUUUUGUAUACUAUUAUUGCCAAAUUACUGGCAAAAAUUGAGUAACGUUGUAAAUAUCAUUUUCAAUGUAAAUGUCAAAGUUUUGGCGCCAAAACUUCGCUUCGUAUCAGUAUUAAACAUACCAUAAUACUUGUUAUUACAUACAUAGCUAUAUUAAGUUUCAUGGGGAAUAUUACUGCAACAUUAUCCCGUCAGGGGGCAGCACUGUAGAGUGACGUAUUGGCGGUAAACAAAGAUGUCCACAAAACGUGAAAAAUAUCCGUAAUAAUACGUAUUUGGAUGUAGAAAUCUAAAUAACAACGAAUUAUUACGAAAGGAAUUACGAAAAGGAUAAAAAAUUUACGAAAAGUAAGUCGUGAAAUUGGCGCUAUAUUGUUAACCACCAAUCAAAAGCCAGACAGCGCCAUCUGACCCGAGCUUUGCGUAUUAUUCCCUAUUUAGUUUUUAUUUUUGUAUUUUCUCUAGUCAGGGUGUAAAUAAAUAGUUUUAAAUAUA